AUGGAGACGAUGCAGCUGUCACCCAAGAAUAAGGUAGAGUUCCAGUAUGUAAAAAAUAGCACUCUUCCAGAGAUUCACAUGGACAGAUCAAAGUUCAGGACGCUGGGCAGAACACCCAAAUCGUCUGCUGCGUUCACCCACAAACGAACAGAGAAUGAUUUCCACGUGAUGAGGAGCAUCAUCGAGAUGAGCGAAAUACGAAAAGCCAACGCCAAGAAGGCUCAGCAGAUUGACGAGUUCAAGGCUCAGGACAUCGUGUCGAAAUACCGAGACCGCGGCUCGUGUGUGGACACGUCAGACACAGUGGCAGUACAUCCACGCCCGUCCCGCCACCGCUCCAAGUCACUGCUGAAGAACAGACGACCAGAACGCUUCACACUCUCUCACGUGAAGAAGAUGUCCAUCGCAGACUUCAAGCUGUCCCAGCAGAUGUACAUGUUCACUCCAACUUGUUCGCGAAAAGACAACCCGGAUGAUCUGUUGAACAACCGGAACUCCAUGCACUGCGACCUCUUUGGUCCUGGACUGUGUCCUGACUGCCAGAGACUUGAAGCCAGAGACGACUUUACCAGGACUCAGAACGAGUUGUUUCCCUUCCUGGAUGCACACCCGAGAUCGCUGGUGGCGGAAUCGAAAAUUCGAAGUCUGUUCAAUCCAAGGAUCGUGAAGAGCUCGAUGCAGAUUACUGGCAGAAAGGAUGUCGGUUGGAACAUUCUCAGAAACGUCUGCACGGAAUAUGAAAUCUGUAACAGAGUGAAAAAUCACAGUCGUGUUAUGUGCCGCUAAAUUAAUAUCUAACGUACAUCAUCAAAUAGUUAAUGAAAAUAUUGUUAUAUAUAUCCCAUGCUAAUACGUUUAACGACACCCUCUGGAAACUGGAAUUUUUGUUUAAUGACAUCCUCAAAGCAAAUUGUUAUAUUAGUGGGCGAUAUUGUUAGACUUGUAUUAAAUAUGAUAUAUGUUUGUAUCUUUAUUAUGGCAUUUGUAUCAAUGCCUGUAACUAAAAAUGGCAUUUGCGAGGCCAUCAAUGCCUAUUAAAUGUAUCAUAAAUUUGUUACUCGCUAGAGUUGUAUUAGCACUUGUAACGCUC